AUGCCACGAUCCUUGAAGCCUCUGCAAAGAUUCGACUGUGACAUUGGCAGUCGAAUCAGGCUCCUUCUCUCUGUCGAAAGUGGCCAGUUUGCUGUGGUCAGAAGAUGUCGGCACAGGAGUACAGGCGUGGAGUAUGCCGCCAAAUUCAUCAAGAAGCGACGCAGCAAGUCGAGUCGCAGAGGGGUGACUAGGGAGGAUAUCGAGCGAGAGGUGAGCAUCCUGAAGGAGAUCCAGCACCCCAACAUCAUCAUGCUCCACGAAGUCUUUGAAAACAAGGCAGAGGUCAUCCUGAUCCUGGAGCUCGUGGCCGGCGGUGAGCUCUUUGACUUUCUGGCAGAGAAGGAGUCGCUGAGUGAGGAGGAAGCCACUCAGUUCCUCAAGCAGAUCUUGGAUGGAGUCUUCUACCUGCACUCCAAACAAAUUGCUCACUUUGACCUUAAGCCGGAGAACAUCAUGCUGCUGAACCGCUCAGUGCCUCACCCGCGCAUCAAGCUCAUUGACUUUGGCCUGGCCCACAAGAUAGAUUUUGGCAAUGAUUUUAAAAACAUUUUUGGAACUCCAGAAUUUGUAGCUCCAGAAGUUGUCAACUAUGAACCUUUGGGCCUGGAGGCAGACAUGUGGAGCGUCGGUGUGAUAACCUACAUCCUUCUGAGUGGUGCAUCUCCUUUCCUGGGUGACAACAAGCAGGAGACUCUGGCCAACGUGUCGGCCGUGGACUACACGUUUGACGAGGAGUUCUUCAGUAACACCAGCGCCCUGGCCAAAGAGUUCAUAGCAAGACUCCUUGUCAAAGAUCCCAAAAAGAGAAUGACUAUUCAGGACAGCCUCCAGCACCCCUGGAUCAAGCCAAAAGACACUCAACAAGCACUGAGCCGAAAGGAGUCGGCUGUCAACAUGGAGAAGUUCAAGAAGUUUGCAGCUCGAAGAAAAUGGAAAGUAAGUGUCUCUAACUUUAACACACCCACACUUGAGCUUCAGGAAAGACAAUUACUGCAUGUUACAACAAAACCUGCCUAGUAA